AUGGACAAUAUGUCAGUAACUGGGCGAGAAGGAUCUCCUAAGCGAAGGCUGUCACAGAGUAGCCUAGCUACCGAUGUUGAGAACUCACCGCGGCGGCGUAGGAAACCAAAUACCGCAACGCUCACGGGCCCCUCAGCAAAGCCCAGCGAACCACCUGACAAUAUCCUUGGAGAGACGACAAAUGUUCUGCAACCGUUGCCAGGAUCUUCAUCUGAGAAGUAUGGCGAUAGUUCCUCUGCUGAAUUUCAGAAGAUCCAGGCGAAGGCUACCUGCGAGUCUUGGGAGGCGGGAUUUGAAAUUCUCCAGGACAAGCGUGGGCCUUCCGAGAAUGGCGGUGUCAUCGCUCUCCAAGAGCGGGCAGAAAAGCUUCGCUCUAGUGGUCCCAGACGACAUCGACUGGAAAUGGAUGCUUUGGAGAAGCGCAUUGAGAUACUCAAGCAGGACGUUGAGCAAGCGCAGCAGCAGCAGGAUGACUCGACCAUCGAGACGAACCAGGAGUUCGCUGCACUGAUGCGUAAAGCGCGUGAGAUCUACACGAUGUGCAGUGCGAUCGACAUCCGGGGCUACCUGACCUCUUGGAAUCUUCCCGACCCGAUCUUCGAGCAGUUCGACCGAUGUUCGGAGCUCGAAAGCCAGAGUAAAGAGCUCCGGCGUGAAAGAAUACGGCUACAGGCGGAGCAGAUCGGCAAAAGAGACGAGAUCCAGGUUAUUCUGGCUCGCAUCUUUGAGCUGCGCAGCUCGUGCAGUCCUGGUCAUGAGCCCGAUACAUCGGAACUGGAAACGCAGAUCAAGCAGCUUCGCGAAUCGCCGGAGCUCCUGACUCUAGACAAGGAGUGCCAAUGGUACAGUGCUGAGCUUGAUGCUGUCGAGCUUGAUCAGUCUCGAGCAGAGAACACACUGUACCAGACCCUCGAAGGCUAUUUCUUGGCGAGAGAACUCUUGGUAGAUAAGACGGUACCAGAUCUUGGACCAGAGAACAGUCCGCAGGAUAUCUCUGUAAUCAACUCCAGAGUUUGCUGCACGCCGGCCGCGGGCAGCUUAGAAGAAGCAGACGGGACGCAAGACUUCGCCACGCAGUUGACAAAGCGACUCGCUCCAAUAUUGAAGGCUCACUUCCAAGAAGCCCGGCAGGAGCUCGAAAGCUCUCAGUCCAGACUCGAAGCGUUGCGGGAUGCUGGUGAUAUCGAUCCAGCAGAGCGUGCACUGGCUGAGUCUCCGGAUCAUGCCAUCUUCCUAGCCAAGCGAGAGCGGACGAGGGAAGUCAUCAAAGCCGAGGAGAAGUUCAAUGAUGUCUGCAAGCGUGCGCAGGACGCAGGUAUCGCGGGGGUUCCGGCGAGAUCUACCGGAUUCAGCGACCACCCUAGCGAUGGUUACGGUGCGGACACUGUCGAGGCCCACAUAAAGUUAACGGAUGUCGCCGGUAUCGAGAAGUGGAUUGAUACCGAGACAUCGUCCAAAAAGAGAGUUCUCUUCGCUCAAAGCGAUAUCGUCCAGAUGCUCGAGCCUAGCGAGCCAGAAGAACGACCAGAUCUUGAGCCUCUGGUCCUUGGCGAGAGCUACAGCACCAUCGCUCAAGCGAGGCAGAGGGGCCAUAUUGAUGUGUGGUUACGCAUGCAGACGCCGCAGAUAGUGAGCGAGAAGGAUGUGUUCAAGAGCAGAGGGUGGCGGAUGAGUGUGUAG